AUGGCAAAUCAUCCAGUAGGCACGUGCAAACAAUGUUUCUUCUUCUUCCUCAUGGCGGAGGUCAGCACAAGAAAAAACUGGAUUAUUAAUUUUCUUCUUUUUUCUGCAACCCUGCAGGUAUUGAUACUUCAGAGCUCUGACACUAUGCCUGAGGUAGAGUCAGUUGAGGUUGAAAAACCUGAAGAAAAGCAAUAUAAGGAAAGAUGUUCUCAGCUUUUGGAUGAAGUUAAUUCAAUUAGGGGAGGAUUUGAUAUCAUGAUUCUUCUCAAGAGGAAUGUUUUUAUCAUUCUCACAAUGGCUGCUGUUGGCGUAGGAAUUGGACUUGGUUUUGCUUUGCGACACAUUAACAUGUCUGAGCGAGACAUAAAAUAUUUAACUUUUCCUGGAGAGCUGCUGCUGAGAGUCUUGCAGAUGAUGGUGCUCCCACUUAUCGUUUCAAGUGUCAUUGCAGGCUUGUCAAAUGUUGAUGUAAAAGACUGUGGGAAAAUUGGGCUUCGCACCCUCAUCUAUUACUUGGCAACAACCGUUGUUGCUGCCUUCACUGGCAUUUCCCUGGCUGUUCUCAUCCAACCGGGCAAAUCAUCUAAGCAUGAUUCUGAGUCCUCUGCUUCUAAAGCAGAGGCUGUACAGAGCGUGGAUGCUUUCCUGGAUCUGAUCAGAAACCUGUUCCCGUCAAAUCUGGUGGAAGCUUGUUUCAGAAAAUAUUUAACAGUUUAUCCAAGUAGUAAUUCUACAGGAAAUCCAGUAGGAGCAAUGGAUAUGUCUACAAACUCACCAAUGGCAGGAUCCUCAGACGGUAUCAAUGUUUUGGGUCUGUUGAUGUUUUCCAUCGCCUUUGGCCUCAUCUUAAGCAGUAUGGGGACAGAGGGAAAACUGCUGCGGGAUUUCUUUAUCUGCACAAAUCAAGCCAUUAUGCUUCUUGUUAAUAUAGCCAUCUGGUAUUCACCGGUGGGAAUUAUCUUCCUGCUGGCGGGGCAAGUUGUUAAAAUGACAAACACAGCGGGGCUAGGUCAUGGUGUAGCCAUGUACACUGUCACUGUGAUCACCGGGCUGAUCAUCCACGGCUGCUUCACUCUGCCGCUGAUCUAUUUUAUAGUCACAAGGAAGAAUCCCUUGAAGUUUUAUGGAGGGAUCCUUCAGGCUCUCAGCACUGCCUUUGGGACUUCAUCUAGGUUAAUAAUUAACACUAUAACAAUGGAAAUUAAAUGACCUUUAAUAAAGCAAAAUACUACAUUUAAUGUGCUUUUCAACAGCUCUGCAACUUUGCCUGUUACUCUCCAUUGUAUGGAGGAAAAUCACAACAUGGACAAACGAGUGACGCGCUUCAUGCUCCCUAUGGGUGCCACGAUGAACAUGGAUGGUGCUGCUCUCUAUGAAGCAGUGGCGGCCUUAUUUAUAGCGCAGGUCAAUGACAUGGACUUCAACUUUGGACAAAUUAUUGUUCUCAGUUUGGUUGUCACAGCAGCAAGCACUGGUGCAGCUGGCAUCCCACAGGCUGGCAUGGUUUCCAUGCUGAUUGUACUGAGCUCAACAGGUCUGCCCACUGAAGACAUAUCACUGCUCCUCAUGGUUGACUGGAUCUUGGAUCGCAUAAGAACCGCCACCAAUGUACUUGGUGACUGUAUUGGUGUGGCUGUAGUGCAGCAUUUGUCUAGACGUGAACUACGGACGCAGAGGCCUGCAGAGACAAAUCAGUCUUUAGGAGAAAUUUCCCCUCCCAACAGUAUCGAAAUGGGAUAAAUUAGUGUAAUUAGUUACCGGCUAGAAAAUAAGCUUCGCUGAGUAGGUUUAAAUAAUGAGAUGAAGAAAUCAUAGAUAAAUAUUAGGAUUGACUGACAUUGAGAAAAUGGCAGAGAAGCUCCAGUAGUAGAAACAGGGAUCACUGCCCAUUAGACUCAAAAACUCUUUUGUUUUUUUUCCCCAAGAGUUUCUCAGACCGAAAGGAAUGAA